CCCCCUCCUCCCCCCAAUCAUCGCCAUGGUUCUCGCCACGCCUGUGCCCGUAGGGUCUAGUAUUUUCUUCUCGCUGGCCCUUCUCACAAUCUCUAUCCUUGUUUUACUCCUUCUCCGGCGCUUUCUUACUUUGCGCGCAACCCCGGCUUAUCUUUCCAUCCCCGUCUUUCUUGCGCUCGCGCUUCCUGCCAGUGUAGUUCUGUUGGUUCCUAUCGACCUGGCAUCAAGUUCGCGUGAUGGAUCAGGUCCCGCAGCCAUCUGGCUACCUGACCGCCUACUUCUAGUCUCGUGGCGCAUUACCUAUUGGCUGAUAUUUGUAUUGACAUGGGCUAUCCUCCCGCUACUCGGAGAAUAUAUAGAUUCUGGAUAUCGUGAACCGAAGGCUCGUAUUCAGUACUCUAUCCGGUCGAAUGCGCGCUAUCAACUCAUCGUGCUGUGCUGUGCGAUCGUUGGUUUGGUCUACAUCUCCAUCCAGAAUGGGUUCGAAUUUACUUCAAUCAAGGCGCUCGUUAUGGCUCUUGCUUACGUCUGGGGUCUCGUACUGGCGAUCUACCUAAUGGGCCACGGUCUCGUCUCGAUCCCUCGCACACUAUUCCGCAACGCCGAUGUCAGCGGCAGGCUCCGGAGAAUUCACGCCCAUGCCCCUCGGUUGCACGACCGCUUGAUGGAUGCGAUCAAUGAUUUGGAAACUCUCGAGAGUCAGGUCUCCCAACUGCAGCGCCGGAAAACAGGGACCGCCCUCGACUUUCAGGAUUGGAUUGACGAGCUGGCAGAGACUUGCAGUCCUUCUGAACCACGAUCAACGCUACUGGACCAUGCAGAUGGAUCUGAAACAAUCCCUGCCGUCAUCACCGAACGCUAUUUGGCAGAUUUGACAAGACGUCUUCAGCGUGCUCGGCAUCAAAAGGCUCGUCUCAUCGACGAGUGGGACCGUCUGGUGCUGUCCGCUGCUGAUAUGCAAGCCAUUAUCAAUUCGUCCGCAUCCAGGAAAUUGGAGUUUACUCCGUCACCUUACCGCUCCUCAUGGUUGUCGAAUGCUAAGGUUCUGAGCCCAUACAUGCGUUACCAGCUCUAUGUGCGCGUGAUCCCGAAACUUCGACUUGGACUAGGUGCUCUCUUCACUGCCGCAUCCGCUUGCAUUGUCUGGUCCGAAGUGAUUAAAUCUAUGGCGCCUCGGCUGUCGGUAGUGACCCUUUCCAUUGUAUCCUAUCAUCAGGAUGCUGCGCCAGUGAACUUUGGUCGUCAAGUUAUUGCUUCUGCUUGGUUGCUGUACAUGUGCUCCGCAGCCUUGGUGGGCGUGAACGACGCCAAAGUGUGGGGCAAUCGUGCCUUGGUCCGUCGGAACACGUAUGGGGAGAGCGCAUGUUGGUACGCUGGGCUUGUAGCCCGGCUGACUGUACCCAUCGCCUACAACUUUCUAACCUUUUUGCCGGUCAGUGCGCGACAGAGCACCGUCUUUUACAAAUUCCUGGGGCGGUUAAUCGACCUCACACCGCUUGGUAAAGGGUUUGACUACUUUUUCCCGGUCUUCAUUUUGCUGCCUAUCUGUGCCACUCUCUUUAAUCUAUAUGGUCGAGUGCAAAACAUUUGCAGCUGGGGACUUUUGGAGGAAGAUGAUGAUGACCUGGAAAACAACCCCGGUGGCUACGGACUGGGAGGUUGGCGUGAAGGGCGUGACCUCAUUGAGCGAGAACUUAACGGCCUCGGCUCAUUGGGGCUUUCAGCCCGUGGUAGUCGGUCACCCCGCCCUUCUAGUCGGGUUGACGAGGAGGUUCCUGCAUUCAUUUCCUCGCGAACACCCCUAGUUGAGGGUUCUCGGGCACCUCGAGCACCUCGCAGCACUCUCGGGACCUCUGCCUUGGUCGAGGAAGAAGAGGAAGAGAACUUUUUCCAGUCAUUCGCGCACCGCAUGAAGAACACUCUCGAAACAGCCAGCAAGCCACAGUGGUUGCAGGGUGACUCCUUCCGCCUUCCACGGUGGAUGGGGAAUGAAGGUAACGAUGGCAGCAGUGGUCUCGCGAGAUGGUUUGGUGGCCGGCCUGCACCUGGUGGGGUCAGACUUUGAAGACAUCUUGAGUACAUUCUUCCGCCAGUGAGCAAUUGUAAUGUAAUUAUGUAAGAUUAU